ACUUUGUACACACAGCACACAAUACUCGCAUCGCACGGAAGUUAGUGACUAGAUUAGUGUGACUGUGUUCAGCUGUUUGUGCGAAGCUUGUCGGGUGUGAUUUGUCCUUUAGAAUUCAUUUGUGGAACUGACCGUCGAACAUCAUGUCGGCCCCACCUCCUCCCCCACCCAGCUACAAUGAAAGUGAAAGUAUGCAACAACAGAGUCGUGGAUUUGGAGCUGCAGGCGCCUACCAGCCGUCCUACGGUACGGCAAAUCCCGCUCCCCCCGGCGCCUACCCCCCUCAAGGCGGCGCUCCCCCGUACCCCCCACAAGGUGGCGCUCCCCGUGGGAGUUCUUGAGGAUGACUACACGUGUUGUGGGGUAUUGUGCGCCAUUCUGUUUUUCCCUCUGGGGAUUUUGUGUUGUUUGGCCAUGAGGCAGAGAAGAUGUACGCACUGUGGGGCUGUCUUUGGUUAGAAAAAAUAAUAGCGGUACGGAGAGCAUACAGUAUACAGGCAGGUAUUUGUACAUACAGUGGAGUCUGCUUAUUGAGCUGAACAUAGUGAGUCCAUGAUUCUGUAUACAGUGGUAAAGCGAAA